CGCCAUUCGCUCUCCCUUUCUCUGCUUCCAACCAGAAGGCAACUUAUUCCUAGCUUGUUUCCUCCUUUCCUUGCUGGAUUCAAGCACCAAGAAUGGAACAAUCUCCGAAAUUAGGGCUUUCAAUUGACACCAUUGAUGUCAAAUAUAUCUCGGGGUUAAGCACCAUACUAGUUGCUUCUAUUCAGGACGCAAAGGACAAAAUUUCUCAGAUCGAGUACAUCUUUUGCAGCCAACUGUACCCGAAUUUCCAGACAAAUGGCUUGGAGAAAAUAUAUGCAGAGGCCAAGAAAGGUGCUGAAGAUGCAUGGAAGAAGAAGGAAAACGAGUUCAAUCUCCGACUGGAGAAAUUUGAACUCGAAAAGAAACAGGUUGUUGAAGAGAACAGUUUUUUAGUGCUUGAGAAGGAAAAGCUACAAAAGGAGCAGGAAGAGAAAAUGGGACAACUUGUUGGGAAAAUUGAGCAGCUAAAAGGGGAGCUUAUGUGGAAGUCUAAGGAAACGGAUGACAGAAUGGAGUUGAAUAACAAUUUAGUGCAGCUAGUUCAAGCAAAAACCUCCGUGAUAGCUAAUAAGGAUAAAGAACUAAAAGAGCAUGAAGAGAAAACAAAUGUACUUCUCAGUGAUCUAAACAACCUGCGUAAAAAAGUUGAAUUACUUGAGCAGGAGCUCAGAGAAAAGACUCAGGAAGUUGCUGAUGGGAAGAAGUUGGCCGAAAAUUUAUUUAAAAAAGUCGAGUCCCAAUCCUUUGAUAUUAUGCAUAAUGAAGAGCAGCUGAUCAAUUGUAACAAGGAGAAGAAGCUACUUGAGGCCAACUUUCAGAAAUUGAAAGUGAACUACGAAAAACUCCAUGUGGCACUUGGGAAGAAAAAAGAUGAAGUUGAGCAAGGAAGAAAAAUGCAGCUCUUGGAGGAGCAUGAAGAAACAAAAGAACUACUUCUGGCCAAACUAAAAGGCUUGGAACAGGAAGUCAAUGAACUGCGGGCCGCCAAACUUAACAAAAGUGGUGAUGAUGCAGACCAUGUGAACGAAGAAAGGGAAUCAUAUGAAUUACUAAAACAGAUUGAAUCAAAAGCUGCUGAGUUGAUGGCUGAGAAGAAGAAAAAAAGGGAUCUCCUUGAUGCUUACAAAAGGCUAAAAUCUCAGUACAACUAUCUCUGCAGAAAGAGUGGCCUUACCACGGAGAAUAUGUCUUUUCCCAAUAAACUGGAAGAUGAAAGUGACUCAGCAAGGCAUCAUCACAGUCCCAAACCUUCUCUUGAUGCUGAAAACAGAAAUUUGAAUACUACAAUGGUUGUCUUUGACACAAAAAGCUUGAAGGAUGUAACUGGUGUAAAUGGUGACUUAGGGGAUGAGAACGGAGCCAAAUCAGUUGAAGGCCCUAGUUCACGCUUACCCACUUCCAGUUUAUCCAGUCGUAAAUGCCCCUCUAGCGUGAAAUCUAAUCCUAUGGUUGGUACAAAGCGACCAGGUUCCGGUUGGAGAGACACUAGGUCCCACCAGGGCCAAGCUAGGCACGAUCCCCAUGAUGAUUUUCUCGACACUCCCCUGGAGAAUAUCAGGGGAAACCUGGAGAAAUCCAUGAAGAAAGAAGCUUGUAAUCCUCCAGUUCCCGAAGACAUGAAUGUUGAUAGCUCAGAUGAUGAGACGCAUGAUGUUAGUGUUGACAAGAGGCUUCGGAAACAAGAGAUACCACUUCAAAUGGCUGACAAGGGAAGUUUCAAGUACGUGGAACCCGUAAGAAAGAAAGCAGAGAGGGAAAAGUUGAAAGGAUUUGAAUGCAAUCAAUGUAAGAAAUUCUACGAUGCUGUUAUCGACAAGGGAGAUCAAGGGAAUGAAGAUCCCAAAAAGAAUUUCCGCUGUGAGCAUCAUGAUGGUGUGUCUAGGCAUCGAUACAAGUAUGUUCCACCUUUGACCCCUGAGGGAUUUUGGAACAUUGGGUUUGAAUCUGAAAUGUGAUUGUACCUCAAGAUUGACUAUGCACUUUUCAUUUAAAUUGAAUUAUCAGCAUUCAAGGCGUAUAUAUUUCAUCCUUUUUUAGUCUGUAACUGUUGGGAAACCCAAAUGGAAAAGCUUGAAAGUUUAA